UGCAAGUUUCAAGUUAUUAGUCUCUAACUACACAAAAUAAUCACCAAAUUUCUUCACAAAACAAUGUCUCCCAUUCUUCCUCGUGUUCUAAUCGUUUCUAGACGAACCAUUCGUAAGAACAAGUUCGUCGAUUUCGUCGGAGAGUAUCACCUUGAUCUUAUAGUAGCAAAUGGUGCAGUACCAGUUAUUGUACCUCGUGUUUCAGGUAUAAACAUGUUACUAAAAAGUUUCGAACCAAUUCAUGGUGUUCUUCUAUGUGAAGGAGAAGACAUAGACCCAUCAUGGUACGAACAAAAUCACACAACAUGUGCUCUUUCCCAUGAAGAGAUAGAAGAAAUCAAAAACCUUCAUUCAAGUGACACAACAAUUGAUAAAGAAAAAGAUUCAAUUGAACUAACCUUAGCAAAGCUUUGUCUUAAAAGAAACAUUCCUUACUUAGGAAUUUGUAGAGGCUCACAAGUCCUUAAUGUUGCUUCUGGGGGUACCCUUUAUAGGGACAUAACAAAAGAGCUUUCGAAAAACUGCGAAAGUAAGUAUGUGAUGCAUGUAAACUAUGAUGAUUAUGAUGAUCAUAGACAUGUUAUUAAGGUUGUUGAAAACACACCUUUGUUUGAUUGGUUUAAGGAUUCUUUGUUGGAAAAUGAUAAGAUUUUGGUUAACAGUUAUCAUCAUCAAGGAGUUAAGAAAUUGGCACAUGGUUUUGUUCCAAUGGCUUUUGCUAAUGAUGGUUUAAUUGAAGGGUUUUAUGAUCCUUAUGGUUAUAAUCCAGAUGAGGGUAAGUUUGUUAUGGGUUUGCAAUUUCAUCCUGAGCGUAUGAGAAAACCUAAUUCAGAGGAUUUUGAUUACCCUGGAUGCACAUUUGCCUAUAAGGAAUUUGUGAAGGCAGUGGUUGCUUAUCAAAAAAGACAGAAUAUUUUAACAUCUUUGCCAAAACCUAUGAAACUAAAUAAGGAAUUGAAGAACAAAAGAAAGAUUAUUAUGAGAAGCUUUUCGGUUACGAAAAACCUAUACGCCAUAGGGCGUGGGAAAUGUUUGUUAAAAGAAGCCGAAAUUGAAGUUGGAGCCAAAUUUCUCGAGUCAAAAACGGCAAUAAGUGUUCUACAAGAGAAUCGGUUAAAGCAAAUGGAAGCAACAGUCAGGAAUGCAAGGUCAUGCGUUGAGAGAUUGAAGCAAAAUGAGGAAAGAGAAAAAAAGGCAAACAAUGUGAUGGAGAAAAUGUCAAUUGAGCAAUUAUCUGACCUACUAUCUUUCUACCAUACUAUGGGGCACAUUUGUUCUCAAAUAUUGGAAACAAAGUUACAUGAUGUUGUCAAUGACAAUAGUUAAGUAGCUCAUAUGUUAUGCUUUUAUUAUGUUGUGGAAUUCACAUGAAUCUAGGUUGGUAUGUUAACCUUGUGUAUUUGUAUUUCUUUGUUCAUAUUUCAACUUUUUUUACUUCUCA